AUGGAGGUGCUUUCAGAGGAGUGGGUGGGGCUACAGAGGAGGGGGUGGGGCUACAGAGGAGGGGGUGGGGCUACAGAGGAGGGGGUGGGGCUACAGAGGAGGGGGUGGGGCUACAGAGGAGGGGGUGGGGCUACAGAGGAGGGGGUGGGGCUACAGAGGAGGGGGUGGGGCUACAGAGGAGGGGGGUGCUUCGGUUUCCCCUACCACUAA